UUCAUUCACGAUUUCUUUCUGCGAAUGCGCUUGUGGGCAUUUCUUGAUAAACCCCUUCCUUUUCCACAGCCACGAACCGGGAAAAUCAUCAUUGAAUUCCGAGACUUUAACCCAGUGGUUUGCUGUAAAAUCAGCGAAAGAAGGAAUAGUUCCCAAGAAAAGGAAAAGGGGAGGGGAAAGAAAGGUUAAUUGAAACCUUUUAGUGGAGUAUUAGUAUACUCGCAUAUAUUUUUGGGUUGAUCAGAGAAUUUCGCUUUCAAGAAAUUCGGAGAGAUAAGCUAUGGUGCGUGGGUUUUUCAACCACUGCUUCCUUUACGCUUCCAACAGUGAAAGAGUUGCUAGAAAUGUCGUAUGGUGUGAGGAAUGAGAGAUCGGUUAGAGAGCCAAGGAGCAGGUCUACUUAUGCAAGGUUGAGGAAGAUAAUGAAGUGCCUAUGUUCAGGGGAACAAUUAAGGGUAGAUGAAAUGAUCCCUUCUUCUGAGUCACUUGCAACGAAGGAUUAUUCAGCAAGUAUUCAUUCAUCCCUAGUUGGAGAACCUGAACAGAAGCCUGAUACUGGCAACAUUGAAGAAGCAGAAUCGUCUUUGCGUGAGAGUGGUUCUCUGAAUUAUGAGGAAGCAAGAGCGUUGCUUGGAAGAUAUGAAUACCAGAAGGGGAACAUAGAAGCUGCUCUACAUGUCUUUGAAGGGAUAGAUAUUUCUGCAGUUACUCCUAAGGUGAAAGUCACGCUUGCACAAAGAGCACAACCUCAUAGGAGGCGAUCACAAAAUUAUGCUUCAACACCACUGUCCAUACAUGCUGCAAGUCUGCUCUUGGAAGCGAUUUUUCUGAAAGCAAAAUCAUUACAGGCUCUUGGGAGGUAUAAAGAAGCUGCUCAAUCAUGCACGAUUGUUCUGGACAUUGUUGAAUCUUCAUUACCCACAGGUUUGCCUGAAAAUCUUGGUGCUGACUGUAAAUUGCAGGAGACUCUGAACAAGGCUGCUGAGCUGCUUCCUGAAUUAUGGAAACUUGCCAGUUCUCCACGUGAAACAAUCGCGUCAUACCGCCGGGCUCUUCUUCAUCAGUGGAACCUUGACACUCCAACUAUUGCAAACAUUCAAAAAGAAUUUGCCAUAUUCCUCCUGUAUAGUGGAGGUGAAUCAAAUCCUCCUAAUCUUCGGUCUCAAAUGGGUAGUGCUUUUGUACCUGGAAACAAUAUAGAAGAAGCUAUUCUACUCUUGAUAAUUCUAUUGAGAAAAGUCUCUCUCAAAAGAAUAGAGUGGGACCCAGAAAUUUUGGACCAUCUAUCGUAUGCAUUGGCCAUCUCCGGGGGCCUAAGAGCUCUAGCUAAUCAGGUGGAGGAGUUGCUUCCCCAGACGAUAGAUCAGAGUGAAAUGUAUCAAAUACUUGCGCUCUGCUAUUAUGGAGAAGGUGAAGACCAGACUGCUUUGAAUUUGCUGCGGAAGUUGUUGAGAAGCACAGAGCACCCAACUUCUGAUCCAGUGUUACUGUUGUUGGCUUCAAAGAUCUGCAGUGCAACUCCAGAAUAUGCAGGGGAGGGGGUAAACCUUGCUCAGAGGGCCAUUGCAAACAUGCAAGGGAAAUGCGAUGAGUUGUUUGGUGUUGGCAAUUUUGUAUUAGGCCUUUCACUUUCAGCUCAUUCCAAGUCUUCUGCACCAGAUUCUGACAGAGUACGGAGACAAACUGAGGCACUUCAAUCACUCGAAACAGCUGGGAGAAUGACAAGAAUGAACAAUUCAAAUAUCAUUUACCAUCUGUGUGUAGAAAAUGCUGAACAGAGAAAGCUAGAUGCUGCCCUUUAUUAUGCAAAGUGCUUCCUUAAAUUAGAAGGCGGAUCUACUGUCAAAGGAUGGGUGCUGUUGGCUCAGAUAUUAUCAGCUCAAAAACAGUUUUUGGAUGCUGAAACUGUAACUAAUGCAGCUCUUGAACAGACUGGAAAGUGGGAUCAGGGAGAAUUGUUAAGAUCCAAAGCAAAACUCCAAAUUGCUCAGGGUCAAGUGGGAAAUGCCAUAGAUACAUAUUCUCAACUGCUUGCUGUUCUUCAGGUUCAGUCCAAAAGCUUUGGGGCAAUGGCGAAGCUCAAGGAUGGUCAAAACCGUUGUCGAACUUUGGAGCUGGAAAUCUGGCUUGAUCUUGCAUCCAUCUACAUUAAGCUGUCUCAAUGGCAGGAUGCAGAGAUCUGCCUUUCCAAAGCAAAGACUAUUAACCAUUAUUCUGCUUCUAGGUUUUAUACUGUUGGUUUACUUCAUCAAUCGAAGGGCCAACACAAGGAAGCACUAAGAGAGUAUAACAACGCUUUGACUGUUGAUCCAAAUCACGUUCCAAGUCUAGUCUCCACCGCUGUGGUACUCAGGCGGAGUGGUGGCCGAUCUCCUCAAGUUGUCAGAAGCUUUCUGAUGGAAGCACUGCGGCUUGACAAAAUGAGUGCUUCGGCGUGGUAUAACCUUGGCCUACUCUAUAAAGAAACGGGCGUGGGAUCAGCGUUAGAAGCAGCUGAGUGUUUUGAAGCCGCUUUAGUGCUUGAAGAGACUGCGCCUGUUGAAUCCCUCCAGAUGACCCAUCAAUCCUGUAUAUGAUUCUGCUGUGAUUAACUCUCCCAUCAAAAUAUCUGAUAUAUAAAGUAGAAUUUUUGUUUACCAUUCUCCCCUGCCUGACAUUAUACUUGAUUUUUGAGUAUACUUCUGUUGUUGCAGAGCAAUUAAUAUAGAUCAAUUGUUUA